AUGUUCAACGAAGAAAUCAGAAAAUUGCUUUAUAUUUCACAAUUCACAUGCAGAAUAGUAUCGCUGCAUCUGACCAACAAUUCCACAAUUAGUGAGGUUGCACUUUCGGAUUCGAAAGCGGCCUAUAACCAAAAGCAAGGAUUUGAAGCUCUGCCAUCGUGGGACGAUUGCUACAAAUGGUUGAGUCGUCAUUGCCAAUAUAUAGAGACCUGUUCCAAAAAAGACAAUUUAAAGGCAUCCCCUCGGGAUGGAAAACUCAAUGGUCGGCGUGGCAUUCCUCAACGCAUUUACUGUGAUAACGCCACCAAUUUCAUUGGAGCUCAGGCCAAACUGAAGGAGCUGCAGCAUCACUUUUUCAACAAAGCAGCAGUCGAUGACAUCUCCAGCUACAGCAACAUCACUGGUUUCGAAUUUAGUUUCAUUCCACCACGCGCCCAACAUUUCGGUGGUAUAUGGGAGGCAGCCGUGAAAUCGAUGAAAACGAUUCUCAUAAAAAAUAUUACCAAGGCUCACCUAACCUACGAAGAGUUGCAGACCGUCAUCGUAGAAGUGGAAGCUAUUCUGAAUUCUCGACUGUUAACUCCACUAUCUACCGAUCCUAAUUAUGGUGAAGCAUUGACACCAGGAAAUCUGUUGAUUGGCACAUCCUUGCUAUCGAUCCCAGAUAAGAGCGGCGUUGUCAACACCACGUCCACCCUAACACAGUGA